AUUUGUUAUUUUUAUAUAACAUCGUGUUUUAUAUAUGGUCAUUCAUAUCAUAGCAUACUUUCAGAUGUUCAUGCCUUUAGCUGUUACUGGUGUAUUGUGAUUACCACACUGAGGACUCUACAUAUUUAUAAGAAAAGUCUUAAACUAUGCUAUAUUUAUCACAUAGGAACCAAUCACUCGGUAGUAUGUUUCAGCACGGACAGAGUUCAGAACCGGAUCCACACGAAGUCGGGAGUGCUGGUCCUUUAGGUGUCCGACUGCUAAACCGGCCGUAAGCUGCGCGGCGACUCGCCCUCAGGACCCAGAGAUGCCCAAAAAGAAGACCGGCGCCCGGAAAAAGGCAGAGAGCCGCAAAGAGCGAGAGAAGCAGACCAGAGCCAAUCGCGAUGUCAUCGAUGUGGCCAAACACCCCUGCAACUUUAACAUGGACUGUGACAAAUGCCAGAGAAAACAGAAGAAUAGAGCGUUCUGCUACUUCUGCAACUCCGUGCAGAAGCUGCCUGUGUGCGCUCAGUGCGGCAAAACCAAGUGCAUGAAGUCAUCAGAUUGUGUCAUCAAACAUCCUGGGAUCCACGCCACUGGAAUGGCCAUGGUGGGAGCAGUGUGCGACUUCUGUGAAGCCUGGGUGUGCCACGGCAGGAAGUGUCUGAGCACUCACUCCUGUGUGUGUCCUCUGACUGACGCAGACUGCAUAGAGUGUGACCGCGCUGUUUGGGAUCAUGGAGGCCGGAUCUUCCGCUGUUCCUUUUGCCACAACUUCUUGUGUGAGGAUGAUCAGUUUGAGCACCAAGCGAGCUGCCAAGUCCUCCAGGCGGAAACAUACAAGUGUAUUUCUUGUAAUAGACUGGGACAACACUCCUGCCUGCGCUGUAAGGCCUGUUACUGUGACGACCAUGCCAAGAGUAAAGUCUUCAAACAGGAAAAAGGCAAAGCCCCACCCUGCCCUAAAUGUGGACACGAGACGCAGGAGACCAAAGACCUCAGCAUGUCCACUCGCACGUUGAAAUUCGGCCGCCAGGCUGGUGCCGACGACGACGAGGACGACGACGGAGCGUCGGGCUACGACGCCUACUGGAAGAACCUGGCAUCCGGGGGUGGCCAACGGGACUACGGAGAGGACGACUACGAUGAUGACGAUGACGACGACGAGGAUGAGGAGGACGAUGAGGAGGAAGAGGAAGAGGAGGAUGAAGAGGAGGACAAAGCGGCAGACUCCGUGGCUGCUCUUAAACUGGACGGAGCUGCCUGAGCUGAGAAAGUCCCAAAGACAAUGGGCCUCAGCAGAUGUUGACUUAUCACAUCACAGAAGUCGGUAUGAGUUUAGGUUAAGAAUUCAACUCAUGAUCCCUAUUGAUAACAGUACAGAUACUUACUAUGUAACCCCCCCCUCAAUUAGCAGCACAGAAACAGGAUACAACAUAGAAGUUGAAUAAAGAAGAUAAUAAACAAGAUCAUGAAGCUCAGAAAUUCAAAAUUAUUUUAAAAAGGUGUUUACCCAUCCACUCAAUAAAAUGAUUCAAGCCCUUCUU